AUGUUUAUUUUUGCUGUGCUCAUUAAAAAGCUACGGGUGGCUGAAUGUCCUACCAUAAAAGCUGCACUUAGACACGCUUUUCUACGUGCCACCUUAGGGAAUUUUUACUAUAGUAUGUUUUUACAUAUUUCACAGAUAUGGGGAAGGGCGCCCCCAGGUUUUGUAGAGGUUUCCACGGAUGUGCCGAGAUCUGCAGCGGCGCUGGUGGGUUCUUCCGAGAUAUAUAACUUCUGUGGCAUUGAGUUGCAUGGAAGUAAAUGGUUCUGCGGCGUUGGAUUUUUCAGCGGAAUUCGCGCCAUUGAUGGAGUCUCCAAUAAUUUUUAA